UUAUAGCAUUUGGCACUUGGCUGUUGUAGGAAGCAAAGAAUGAAAAUGUGGUAUAAGCUCAGAGUUUUCAUGGCAACCUUCUUCUUCCUUUUCUUAACCCUCACAUAUGCAACCAGACUUGGCCCUGCUUCUUCCUCUGUAAUUUCAAAAAGUAAUCAACAUGGGGUUUUGGAAGAGGAAAUGAACAGCAUAGAGGAAGCUUGUCAAGACAUUGGUGAAGAUGAAUGCUUGAUGAGAAGAACUCUUGCAGCACACACAGACUAUAUCUAUACACAGAAGCAAAAGCCAUGAGAUCAACUAUUUAUAGUAAUCUUAUGUACAAGACUAGAAUCACAAGCAUUAGCCUCUAUAUGCUGCUUUUGACAAGAGCUAGUUUAGUAUAGUUAUCUCUCUUUCACUUGUAGUUGCAGACAGGAGGUUUAAUUUCUCUUUUUUUUUCCAAUUUCAUAACCAAUGUAUAUUGACUUUGGUAGAAAUAAAGUUGGACUUUUAUUUUUAGUUA